UCCUCUCCAGUUGUGGACAUUCCCCAGGCUAUGGAUCUCUCCAACAACACCAUGUCACUCUCAGUGCGCACCCCCGGACUGUCCCGGCGGCUCUCCUCCCAGAGUGUGAUAGCAGGCAGACCCAGGGGCAUGUCUGCUUCCAGUGUUGGAAGUGGCUAUGGGGGAAGUGCCUUUGGCUUUGGAUCCAGCUAUGGGGGAGGCUUUUCUGCUGCUUCCAUGUUUGGUUCUAGUUCUGGCUUUGGGGGUGGCUCUGGAAGUUCCAUGGCAGGAGGACUGGGUGCUGGUUAUGGGAGAGCCCUGGGUGGAAGUGGCUUUGGAGGACUGGGGAUGGGAUUUGGGGGCAGCCCAGGAGGUGGCUCUCUAGGUAUUCUCUCAGGCAAUGAUGGAGGCCUUCUUUCUGGAUCAGAAAAGGAAACUAUGCAAAAUCUUAAUGAUAGAUUAGCUUCCUACCUGGAUAAGGUGCGAGCUCUAGAAGAGGCUAAUACUGAGCUAGAAAACAAAAUUCGAGAAUGGUAUGAAACACGAGGAACUGGGACUGGAGAUGCUUCACAGAAUGAUUACAGCAAAUAUUAUCCACUGAUUGAAGACCUCAGGAAUAAGAUCAUUGCAGCCAACAUUGGAAAUGCCCAGCUCCUCUUGCAGAUCGACAAUGCGAGACUGGCUGCCGAGGACUUCAGGAUGAAGUAUGAGAAUGAACUGGCCCUACGCCAGGGCGUCGAGGCUGACAUCAAUGGCCUGCGCCGGGUGCUGGACGAGCUGACCCUGACCAGGACCGACCUGGAGAUGCAGAUCGAGAGCCUGAAUGAGGAGCUGGCCUACAUGAAGAAGAACCAUGAGGAAGAACUCCAAAGCUUCCGGGUGGGCGGCCCAGGUGAGGUCAGCGUAGAAAUGGACGCUGCCCCCGGAGUGGACCUCACCAGGCUCCUCAACGAUAUGCGGGCGCAGUAUGAAACCAUCGCUGAGCAGAAUCGGAAGGACGCUGAAGCCUGGUUCAUUGAAAAGAGCGGGGAGCUCCGGAAGGAGAUUAGCACCAACACCGAGCAGCUUCAGUCCAGCAAGAGCGAGGUCACCGACCUGCGACGCGCCGUUCAGAACCUGGAGAUCGAGAUGCAGUCCCAGCUCGCCAUGAAGAAAUCCCUGGAAGACUCGUUGGCCGAAGCCGAGGGCGAUUACUGCGCGCAGCUGUCCCAGGUGCAGCAGCUCAUCAGCAACCUGGAGGCACAGCUGCUCCAGGUGCGCGCGGAUGCAGAGCGCCAGAACGUGGACCACCAGCGCCUGCUGAAUGUCAAGGCCCGCCUGGAGCUGGAGAUUGAGACCUACCGCCGCCUGCUGGACGGGGAGGCCCAGGGUGAUGGUUUGGAGGAAAGUUUAUUUGUGACAGACUCCAAAUCACAAGCACAGUCAACUGAUUCCUCUAAAGACCCGACCAAAACCCGAAAAAUCAAGACAGUUGUGCAGGAGAUGGUGAAUGGUGAGGUGGUCUCAUCUCAAGUUCAGGAAAUUGAAGAACUAAUGUAAAAUUUCACAAGAUCUACCCCAUGAUUGGUUCCUUAGGAACAAGAAAUUUACAAACAGAAAUCAUUCCUUUCAGAGUAACAUGGUGUAUUAGUUCAAUCUCUAUUUUUGUCUGUUCCAUUUUCUUUGGAUUCCCUAUUCACACUGAAUCCUUUUUGCCCUUCUGAAACAAUAUGCAGUCACAAGCCAUGUUGGUCACGUUGGUCUUUAUAACAAAUCAAAAUUACCUUAUAUCUUUCUGGACCUGGAGUAGUCUUUUAAUGAACUUUCUUCUGGUAAUCUGGAAUAUUUUUUAAUCAUAGAGCUUUAAUCAAGUAGUAUUGUUUUAAUAGAAUUAAUUGUAAUAAAAAAUGAAUGGUAAUAAUGUGAAAUGUAUGCCUUCUUGAUUCCAACAAUAAUGUUAAGAGCAUAGAGAGAAGUUUUUGAAAUACUAAUAAUAAAAUAGAGGCUGGGAGUAAUGACUCACACCUAUAAUCCCAGCAUUUUGGGAGACUGAGAGGCAGGAUGAUUGCUUGAGGCCAGGAGUUCAAGACCAGCCUGGACAACAUAAAGAGACCCCUAUCUCUACAAAACAUUAAUAAUAAUAAUAAUGAUAAUGUAGAUAAAAACUGGGAUGAAGAUGUCAGGGUUUGAGGAUUAAGUUAAAAGAAGAUUCUUUUAGAAGUGCUGGCCUUUUUAUGUAAACCCAUCAAGGUUGUAGCAAAAUUAUACUGUCUACUACA